AUGGCUCAACCUCCUCAACCUUCUCAACCUCCAUUUGGUUCUUGGAUUAUUCAAACCCUAACUCCAUCGUGGGUUUCAGAUAUCACUCUCUUCCGACAAACCGAUGGGGAAGAGAUUGCGUCCAAGAGGAAUACCCUAUUAGCAGUGACCACAGUUGUGGGUGCUUUAGUGUUUGGUAUGGGCGUAAAUCCACCGGCGGAAUACUGCAAGUGCUUCAAAGAGAAACAAAAAGUAUGCAGCUGUACGAUAGCGAUUUAUUUGUGGGAGUUCAUUAUGUCUAAAGCAUUGGUGACAUGUCUUUUGGUCAUCAAAUUUCGGGUGGGACAGUGUCCAGUUAGGCAAUUUAUCAACCUUCUCCUUCUCUAUCUUUUGAUUGGAUAUUGGUGCAUACUGACUACGUUCCUUCGCUUAAAAUUAUGGGUGAUUAUGCUAUGCAUGUGUUGUGUUCAUGCUAUUUUUUCCUUGUCGAUAAGGAGAUACACUGACCAAGCCGUUGAGGGAAACGGAGGGGUUCUUGGAGUAGGCAUUGAAGCUGGUGCGAGAUAUAAUGUUGCCAUUGAAGCUGGUGCGAGACAUAAUGUUGCCAUCGAAGCUGGUGCGAGACAUAAUGUUGCCAUGGAAGCAAGUGCUGGAGGUGGCGUUGAAGAAGGUGCAGGACAGAAUGUUGCUGUUGAAGCAAGUGCUGGAUGGGGCAUUGGUCUUUUGAGCAUAGAUGUCACUCUCUUCCGACAAACCGAUGGGGAAGAGAUUGUGUCCAAAAGGAAUACCCUAUUAGCAGUGACCACAAUUGUGGGUGCUUUAGUGUUUGGUAUGGGCGUAAAUCCAUCGGCGGAAUACUACAAGUGCUUCAAAGAGAAACAUAAAGCAAUUUAUCAACUUUCUCCUUCUCUAUCUUUGAUUGGAUAUUGGUGCAUACUGAAUACGUUCCUCCGCUUAAAAUUAUGGGUGAUUAUGCUAUGCCUGUGUUGUGUUCCUGCUAUUUUUUCCUUGUCGGUAAGGAGAUACAUUGACCAAGCCGUUGAGGGAAAUGGAGGGGUUCUUGGAGUAGGCAUUGAAGCUGGUGCGAGACAUAAUAUUGCCAUUGAAGCAAGUGUUGGAGGGGGCGUUGAAGAAGGUGCAGGACAGAAUGUUGUUGUUGAAGCAAGUGCUGGAGGGGGCAUUGGUCUUUUGAGCAUAGAUAUCACUCUCUUCCGACAAAUCGAUGGGGAAGAGAUUGUGUCCAAGAGGAAUACCCUAUUAGCAGUGACCACAGUUGUGGGUGCUUUAGUGUUUGGUAUGGGCUUAAAUCCACCGGCGGAAUACUGCAAGUGCUUCAAAGAGAAACAUAAAGUAUGCAGUUGUACGAUAGCGAUUUAUGUGUGGGAGUUCAUUAUGUCUAUAGCAUUGGUGACAUGUCUUUUGGUCAUCAAAUUUCGGGUGGGACAGUGUCCGGUUAGGCAAUUUAUCAACCUUCUCCUUCUCUAUAUUUUGAUUGGAUAUUGGUGCAUACUGACUACGUUCCUCCGCUUAAAAUUGUGGGUGAUUAUGCUAUGCCUGUGUUGUGUUCCUGCUAUUUUUUCCUUGUCGUUAAGGAGAUACAUUGACCAAGCCGUUGAGGGAAAUGGAGGGGUUCUUGGAGUAGGCAUUGAAGCUGGUGCGAGACAUAAUGUUGCCAUUGAAGCAAGUGCUGGAGGGGGCGUUGAAGAAGUGCAGGACAGAAUGUUGCUGUUGAAGCAAGUGCUGGAGGGGGCAUUGGAGCCGGUGCUGGAUUGCCUGCUAAACCUGCUGGAGAUGAAGCCGUCGGAAUUAGAGAGCUUGCCAGUGUGCUUGCUGGAGAUGAAGCUGCACUUGAGCUGUGAUUGUGGAGUAAGAUGGAUUUAG